UGGAAAUUUUCAACCUGUCUCACAUUCCUCUGCAUUCUCCUCUUUGCUGUGCUCUUGACUGCUUUUUUCAUCCAAUUUUACGCUUCACUGCUUUUGUGUUCUUCUUCCUCCUUUUUUUCCUUGAUCUUUCUUCAGAUUCCAACAUGAAUCCUCUCGGAUAUAAUUCAUCAUUUCACUCUACUUCUCCUGGCAUAUCUUACUUUUCAUGCUAUUCACUCUUUGUUUCUCACAUUCCCCACUCCUUUGGUAGUGCAAGUAUUGCGCACCUUCUCGAAGACAUGCCACAGAAAGCUGAUGGCCUUAGGCCGCGAAGUGAGGUGAAAGUUUCGCCUGUGAAGAUUUCAGCACGGCGCCGAAGCCUGGCGAGAGAUUUCUCCACCUUCCCGUGGCCUCGGUGUGAUACUGCCGUUGAUGCUCCUGCAGUGGCAUUCGGCGCGAAUGGGACAGUUGUGCUGAAGCCAUCGAUUGUGCUGCCUCGGUGGCGACCCAUCUGCCCGCAGGAGUGCAGUCCCUGAGGCUCGACUGACGGCCAGAGUGCCAGAGUGUGUGUGUGUGUGUGUGAUGGGGUGGAGGCGGUGGAUGCUGUGCGGACAGUGAGCACACAUCAGGAUGAGUGCGGCUGUGGCCGGAAAUCGGGGCAGUCGCGUGAGCCCAUCGCCAGCCAAGGGCUCCACAGCGGCCUACACGGACACGGACCUCACGCCAAACGUCCUGGCCAUUCCGCUGUCUGCCAUUCAGGCCAGUCCAGCAGAGCCACGGUGCGGUCCCCUCGCGGGCGCUGCCCCCUCGGCGCUCGCCACCGCCAUUUACGAAGUAGACGCGCCGCAGCCGCUUGUCGAUCGACGCCCUUCGCUCUCGCUGCUCAAGUGGGGCUCCACGAGGCGCUAUGAAGUGCCCACGCCCACCGUCCUGCGCCAAGUGACUUUUGGGAAUUCGAGCAAUAAUAAUUGCGGCACCGUGGCCCACAAUGGCGUGCGAACGGAGCCAAUCAGUCUGGCCACCCUCGAUAGAGACUGCUUCAUCAUCCCCAUGCAGUCGCUCAACCGCUUCCUGCCAGACGGAAUCCCCCUGCCCGCGCCCAGUGAAGCGAACGAGAAGCAAUCCACGGGGCCACUGAGUGUCCUGGAGGUGUCGGAUCCCAAGCUGUGCAUCUUGGCACACCUCAUGAGUCCACUGGAGCCAAUUGAUCCCCUCCUGGAGUCCCCACUUUCGCAUCCGCUCCUCAAGCAGCGCGCCGUGGCGGCCGAGCUGGUGUCAGAGGUGCAGCAGAGCAAUUCGGCGGUGGGCGGAAUGCUCCUGGCCAACAUGGAGAAGAACGCCGAAUUCCCCUUCAUCGCCUAUUACGUGAUCAACACCACGCAAACCGACCCGUCGAACUUCUACUCGGGCGUGCGGACGUCGUCGCUGUGCAAGUUCGAGCCGAAGAACCUGCGCUACACCGCCGCCCACACGCUGGAUCUGUACAGCGAGGUCGCGUCGAUAUGCCGACCGCCACUCGUGAUGACUUCCAAUGAGGCUGGCGCGCUGCGGAAAGCCCAAACGCCCUCCACGGGAUACAUAAUAAGUGUGUACAAGGUGUUUGAGGGCGACGAUGGUGAGCGCUUCGAGAGGAAUUGGCUGUAUUGGACAGGCGCUCGAAUGCUCUACAGAUACUUGCCGCGAACGGCGGGUCUGAGACGAAUUGCGCUCCACAAAAGCACCUCCUUGAAGGGUGACAAGAUGUACCUGCUGGUGUGCGAGUGUGCCGACCUGCUGAAGGACAUAUCAGCCGCGGCGUUCCUCAUUCCCGCCCUGAGGGCGCGCCUUUGCGGCUACACAGGACUCUAUCGGCCCAUCCAAGCAUUCUAAUUGCACCUCUCACAAGUGCUGUUCAACACCGCAAAAGAGUCACAGACAAUUGAUGGAUGAAGAGGGAGGUGGAGUGGGGAAUAUUCUAGACAUAUCUGCAGAAGAUAUUAAGCUCAGAAUAUAUACGAAGAAAUCUUUCAAGCCAUAUAUUUUCUAAAUAUAGGACCACACACGCAGAUCGAGCAGUUUUUCCUUCGUGAUAUUCUUGAAUCUUGCAAUUAAUGCAAUUUCUACUUUUGUACACGUGUUCCAACGCGGAGGACAAAGAUUUUUACGAUAUAAAAAUAGCUGAAUAGAUUUGAACAACAAAAAAAUGCACACUUUAAGACAUUAAAAGAAUUGUUCUUGCCUUAAUCGCCACCCUUUUCAAACACACCGUCGUUCAAGCGAGAGAGAUUAUCAUUUCUUUCGAUUAGUGACUUUCCUGUGAUUUUACCACUCAAAAUGUUCGUUUCACCAAGAAUUAGAUAGAUUUAGAUAGAAGAUGAGGAAGAGUGUGUUUGAAUUUUUGCAUGACAUAAUGUUAGAAAUUAAAAGAAAAUAUAGCGUAGACCAAUUUAAUUGAUAAUUCUGGUCACAAUUAAAGGUUCAAAGUGCAAUUUAACGACUUUCAAUAAGUUUACGAAGAGAUUAAAUUUUAAUGAAACAAGAAAUAUUAGUUAGAUAACCAAUUUUCAAGUUUUCAAUCAAUCAAUAAAUCACCAAAUGAUAAUAUCUUUGAUCCAUAAAAAUAAGCGCUUUAGACAAUAAAAAAAAAAUCAGAAGAUGAAAUAAUGAGCACUAAAUUGUAAUCAAUCUAUGCGACAUUGAAAAAAAACUAGUUGCCAAAUAAUUCUAAAAAGAA